ACUCGGAUGGCCGGGGGCCGCCAUUUUCCUCCAGCGAGGGAGACAGUCGCGAACGUAGUUCCGCGCAUUGUCGACCAAUUUUUUCGUCGAAUCGAGGGAUUUUCGUGAAUAACUGGGGCGUCGGGCGGGCGCGCGUGACCCCAGUGCCCGUAUCCGAGCGAGUAUCGUUCCACGGGAGGCUCGAAGUCACCCGUGGACGCCGCGAGAGCCGUGUGAAUCGGAAUACAGAGUCAAGGCGCCGCGCGUAUACCCCUGAAACCGAGACACAUCGUAAGAACGCCGUGUGAGAGAGUGAUUAGUUUGGUGAUCGCAGUGUACCCGGUGAAAAUACACGAGUACCCAGAAGUACUGUGAACCGAAGGAAUACAGGGAGAAUCGCCUCCGACAGGAGACGGUGUUCAACAAGUCGUGAUGUGUUGGAGGUUCGGCGGUCCUUGUCCAAAAACCGACCAGAAAUCAGUGUUACGGAAGCAAUUUGUGUGACAAAGCGUAAAAGUGGAAAGUUAUAUUUUAAGACAUACAAAAAGGCUUCCUUAUCAGUGAACUGUAGGACUUCCUUGGAAGAAAGCAGGCAUUCUUAGUGACAUUGAAAGUACAAGUGAAAAAUAUAAAAAUUGGGGGGCUGUUUGACCGAUGGACAAACGGAAGAUGAUGUCCAAACGCCCUCGAAUGGAGAACCUGAGGGGUCCUAUUGCAAACGGACCCAUUCAGUCAAGACCGUUAGUGGCUUUGUUAGAUGGCCGAGACUGCUCUAUUGAAAUGCCUAUCCUUAAAGAUAUCGCAACAGUAGCCUUCUGUGAUGCGCAGUCUACAUCAGAAAUUCAUGAAAAGGUACUAAAUGAAGCAGUAGGGGCGUUAAUGUGGCACACUAUAAUUUUGACAAAAGAGGAUCUUGAAAAAUUCAAAACAUUACGAAUCAUUGUAAGAAUUGGAUCGGGAGUCGAUAACAUAGAUGUCAAAGCAGCAGGAGAACUUGGCAUCGCUGUGUGCAAUGUGCCUGGCUAUGGCGUUGAAGAAGUAGCUGACACUACUCUCUGCCUCAUUCUAAAUUUAUAUCGACGUACGUAUUGGUUGGCGAACAUGGUACGUGAAGGAAAAAAAUUCACAGGACCAGAACAGGUCAGGGAAGCUGCGACAGGAUGUGCAAGGAUACGGGGUGACACACUUGGCAUAGUUGGAUUAGGUAGGAUUGGUUCUGCGGUCGCACUGCGGGCCAAAGCUUUUGGCUUCACUGUCAUCUUCUAUGAUCCCUAUCUACCAGAUGGAAUUGAGAAGUCUCUAGGUCUUAACAGGGUCUACACACUACAGGAUUUACUAUUCCAAUCAGACUGUGUAUCCUUGCAUUGUACAUUGAACGAGCACAAUCAUCACCUAAUUAACGAAUUCACCAUCAAACAGAUGAGACCUGGCGCCUUUUUAGUCAAUACAGCAAGAGGUGGAUUGGUAGAUGAUGACGCGCUAGCCGCAGCGUUGAAACAAGGCAGAAUUCGUGCAGCAGCACUUGAUGUGCAUGAAAACGAGCCAUACAACGUCUUUCAGGGUCAGUCCUCGCAGUGUCCUUUAAAAGAUGCACCCAAUCUGUUAUGUACACCACACGCAGCAUUCUACAGCGACGCGAGCUGCACCGAGCUUCGCGAGAUGGCAGCGAGUGAAAUACGAAGAGCUAUCGUUGGUCGUAUACCCGACUGCUUACGAAACUGUGUGAACAAGGAAUACUUCCUUUCCUCGACCGGCAGCUACCCUGAGGGGAUCAACGGCGGAUACUAUUCUUCCGGGGGGCUGCCCGUUCAACAGGCGCAUUCGACGACUCCUCACGAUUCUGCACCCCCACCUCCUGGUGGGCAUUCCGUCGUCGGCGGCGGUGGUGGUGGGGGUGGUGGCGGACCGAACUCCUCUGCAGGCGGUGCAGGCGCCGGGGGUCCUACAGGCCCUACGGGUCCAACGGUAGGCGGCGGUGGGGCUGGAGGCCCUACUUCAGCUCCUCCUACUGCUGGAUUAACCGGUAUACCACACAGCAUAGUGAGCGAGCCUGACCCCCGGCCAAGCCCACCUGCACCGAGCCCUCGUUGACCUUGAACCCCCGACGUCCACUCCAGCACCACCCUCCGAUCUAAUUUCCCUUAGCCAUUUACACACGACCUCCGACGACAAAUGGCCGAUUGACUAACGUGUGUCGUGCACGAUGUGCCCCAAAAAUCUGUCCGCUGCUUCCGAGGAACUCGAGGGAAUCCAUCCUUGAGAGAAAAAGAGUGAAAGAGAGAACGGGGGGUAGGCGGGAAGAGAAAGAAAGAAAGAGAGAGAGAGGAUGAAGUAACGGAGAGAGCUGAACGAAUGCUUGAAAGAAAGAAGUUGUAUGAUUGCUGUGUGCUUGUAAAAUACGUGUUUCAUAUUUUUUUUUUUUUCUUUUUGUCUUAAACGUACACGUGUUUUACCUGCAUCGGCAUCGUGUGCAUGCCUCGUAUGAAUGGUGUGCGCAUGUAUGCUGAGCUUUUGAGUCUACGUUUGGUGGACUCCUCGAAUAGUGCAUUUGAUGUAAACAUUGUGACCAAACCAAAUACAGUUGGGCAGUAAUGAUGACGGAUUAUGAAAUGUCGUGGCUAAACGGAGGAAAUAACAAACGGUGGGUAAGAAUUCUCUGUGUGUCGUAAUUUUGUAUAAAAAAGAAGAAGAAGAAGAAUCACUUCAUACUUAACCGCACGUGACUUUAGAGGACGCAAAACUGAACGAUACAAAACGAUGUUGUUGAUUAUUUCUUAUUUUUUUGUUUAAUUCUUUCUUUUCUUUCUUUUUUCGAAGGUCGAUUGGUAAUUAGUUCCUCGAGCCCCAUGAUCAGUUCUUCCUUUUAUGAUAACCUGCAGCAUCGAGAAGUACAUUGGCUAGUCAUAGAGUACAAAUCAAAUAUGGGUGACAUUGUAACAUCUGGCACGUAUAGUUGAAAAGUAUGUUGAAAAAACGAAUUUAGCCUAAAUGUCUGUGUAUGUUUCAUUGACGAUAUUUCUCUUCCAGUUGAUAGGUUAACGAAAUCUAGGGAAUGUUAAUCAAAUUCCAGAAUGUUAUUUUUUAUUUUCUAUUCUCAACGUAGAAUUCCAUUUUGUAAUUUCUUUUUAGUAUUUCAUAAAUAUCUUCUGAUAUAAAUAAAUGAAAAAAAAACCUCCCUGUUCGAUAUGGAUAUUACAUAUAUGUAUAUAUAUAUAUAUAUAUGUUCGAUUAAUUACAUAUUUCAUUUUGAAGUAUGAGAAAAUAUGGAUAUAGUCUUUUCUCGCAAGGUCAUACAUUAUUUCGCCACACUGUAUUUGGGUUCGCGCAUGCUCUUUAGUUUUUUGUUUCUAAAAGAACCAUACUCCCAAGAGCAUAUAUUAAUUAUAGAUAUAUAAUUUGGCAACUUCAGUAAUUUUUACAAACUUUGUUUCUUUCGUGGACGUUGUAAUUCUCUCAGUGUUAGUAUGUUUAUUAUUAAAAUGAAAAUGUAGUUGCUCACUGAUAUACAUUUUUAUGUUUUUACUCCGUGAUCAUGAAAAUGCUGCGUAAAGUCCAAGAAAACCCUGAUGUCGAAAGUGGUAACGAGAAAAAUUAAACCAGAGAAGUUUAGUAAUAAAUAUUAUCGUAUCUGUGGUAAACGAGAAAAAAAAAAAAUGAAUGCGGACAAAGGUGAAAAGGAAAACCGAGGAAGUAUGUAAUCCGUUGGGGCAUUCUCGAAGCGUUGUUGUGGGGGAGGGGGGGAGGGUACUUCACCACCGCUGUGUUGGUAGUACUGAUUAGAACUUCAUCAACCGAAUGCCUGGUUUAUUGUAAUUUUCAAACGUCGUUAUCGAUGCAGAGUAGACGCAUUUCAAUUGCCUUACGAUAUUCGUGUAUAAUUAAAAAGUAAGGUUUGUUUCAUUUCAAUUAUAUCGAUCCGAUGAAUAAAAUUGUAUCUGUCGAAGGAGAGAGAGAAAAAAAGUAAAAGAAAAAUCCUUGUGUUCUCGGAGAGAAAGGAGAGAGAGAGACUCUUGGUGAACCUAAUUUUAUAUAAAUCUCAGUUACGAUCGAAAUAUGGUACCGAGUUACCGGUUGUAAAUUUUUCUUCUAUUUUGUAAUGAAAAUAAAGUGUGUAUAUAGAAGCGAUUGUUUGAGUUACAGGGAACUAUAUAUAUAUAUGAUCUUUUGUAUUGAAUGUUAGGGUUUUUUUUUUAUUUUUAUGUGUAUUAAGGAGUGAUAGGUGGGAUGAAAGAUAUAUAUUUUCGAAUGGUAUGACUCGUAGGCGAUUGUUGACCAGGAUGUUUCUUCUCUCUCCUUUUCGAGGAUGCUAUUCAUCCGGGACGUUCAUCGGUAUCGAUCGAGAUCGUUAUGCACGGGUGUAUAGUAAGAGAGAGAAAAAAAAAAAGAAAAACGAGUUGCUUCAAUAAACUGAAAAAAAAUGUGUCAUCUUUGAUUUGUUGGCAUGUAUUUUUGUACUUCUUUCAAGUUACACUCACGAAUGCCUUAACGUUCCGUAAAGAAAAGAUGAAACGAAAAAAAAAAGAAAAGAAAUGAAUGCAGCAUCUUCAUCGAGAGGUUUAAAUCCGUAACGAUAUAUAAACUAGGUAACAUCGAUAAGUGGCGUUUUGAUACAGAGUAUUUUUGUGUUUCCAAGGAGACAAAAAACCACUUAUUGUUUCAGAGAAAAUAUACUUAUCGGUUAGCAGUCUUUUUGAACGUGUGAGAUUGCGAAUGGGGUGGAAGUGAGUGCGAGAGAAAGUAAGAAAGAGAGAACGGAUAUAUGAGCGAAAGGUAGUACGAACAGAAACAAGUUUUAUUAAUUGAUAAUUAUAAUAUGAUUAAUUAUUGUAUUAAGUAAAGUAAUGCGAUGUUACGAACACUGGAAUAUAUUAUCGAAAGAUAAAUCAUUUAAAGAAAAAAAAAAAAAGAUGAAGAAGAAGAAGAGGAAGAAGAAGAUUAAGAGAGAAGGAAAAAUGGACAAUUUUUUGAGAAAAAUUAUUGAAAGCGAUGAUAAUAAGUAAAUAAAACGAAAAAAAAAAAGAAAUUAAGAGUACGAAGAAAUCUAUUUUAGAGACACACAUAUCUAUUCGGUUUUUUAUAUGAUUUCGCUUUAUGAGAGAAUCUAUCAGAAUUUAGAGAGAGAGAGAAAAAAAUAUACAAACAAGGGCUGUUGAGCUAUCGUCGUAAUUCAUGGAUGGUCGUAAUGGUGUUGGUCACUGAUUUUUAAAAAUACAAUUUUUCGAAGCCGAUGUGCGAUCGUGAAGCGUCGAACCUCGUGUGUUUUUUAAGAGACACGCAAAUUGCGGGAAAGAAAGAAAAGAAAAAGUGAUAUGUAUAGAUAAUUAAUUUUUUUGUUCUCAGCGGUCGAUAUAUGCCAGAUAAAGUGUUUUCUUUUCCUUUUUUUUUUUGUUAUAUUUAAAAAAAACACGUUCGAAAGAAAAAAAAUAGACUGAAACGUUUGGUAUUCAUCGAUGCCUCUGGGAUACACGCAUACACAUUACACACGUAUACACGUACAUACAUUCAUUCAUACGAGCUUUUGCUUCGAAGCUUUCAAAGCGGAUGAAAAAAAAACCAUUCCAACUGAUCUAAGCAACACUUGAUCGAUAAUACUACGAGACACACGAUGUGUAGGAGCGAGCGAGAAAGAGCGAGAGCGAGAGAGAGAGAAAGAUUUCAAAGAAGAAAUAAAACAAAGCAUCACAAAAUACGUACACAGCGUGACAGAGAUGACAUUAUACAUUUUUAAAUAGAAAUACGCUACGUACACCUCGGUGCAACGUAGACCUCCUAUGAUUAAGAAUAAGUGUAGAGGGAGAACCCCCCACCACUAGCCUUAGGUCUUAGGGAAGUCAAGAAAUUCCCUAGGGAGAGCCUAAGACUACAGUUACAGUGAAAACAUUUUCUAACGCACUAAUCUUCUGACGAAUAGAUUUGUAAUAUUCUUCGGAAUGUAUACAAUGUAACCAAUCUCUUAAGAAUUUGUUUAUUUCAUUAUUUGUUAGAGAAUGUUUUCACUGUAGUCGCAGCCUAACCUAUAACCUCCUAUCCUCGCACACAAAGAACAAAGGCGAGUGGCGGGACAUUUUUCCCCUCUUCGCUUUUCUUUAAUUAAAAGAAGCCUAAGUUGCACGUGACCGUACACAAUUUACACGACAAGGGUAUGUCUGAAGCGGGACGAGAUGGUCCACGAAGCUGCAUGCUUAUUUAGAAGACUUCCGAUAUAGAGAGGUAACAAGAGGAGGCCAACUCGUCUUCGCUAGCAGCUGUACACUGGGUACAUAACGUAGAAACAUUAUACAUACGUUCUUUUUCUUUUUGUCAAGAAAUAUUAUUACUUAUAAAUACAUUAUUAUAUUAUAAAGAGAGAACGAGAGCGAGCGAGAGAAUUUUGACGAAUGAAGAGGAGACACUAUUCUACGAAGAGGACAAGAGAGUUGUUCUUAUAUAUAUAGUUGUAAUUGUGAAGAGAGGCAAAUUAAUAUGAGGAUUCAUGAACUA